AUGGAUAAUUCUAAUGGCGAAGAAUCGAGAAUCUCCACAGAGACCAUGCACGAGAAAUUGGAUGAAAACUGGAAUUUAUUAAAUGACAAAAAACGAAAAAGGCGCUUCGCAGAUAACAGAGUGAUCAUAACACAACAUUUCACAGAGCGGACACUCACGCCUGGUGGUGAUAUAAGCAUGCAGUGCACAGCGAUAGGAGACAGACCGCCACAAUUUACUUGGCAUAGAGAUGGAGUUCUGAUAUCUAGUAGCACGGAUACAAGAUACGCAUUGGGUCAAAUAAUGAGACUAGACGGAUCAGUGCUAGCCCAACUAAAUAUCAGCAGAGUGAGAGUGGAAGACGGGGGGCUGUACUCUUGCACCGCACUCGAGGGGGACAAUGUAGCUGUUCAUGAGAACAGAUUUGAUGUUUAUGGACCUCCAUAUAUUAGAGCAUUGCCGCCGAUAAAAGUGCAAACUGGAGAAUCUCUUAAUCUGAGAUGUCCGUACUAUGGAUAUCCAAUAAGCAAAAUAGACUGGGAGUACACCGGCAAAAAGAUAACAUCAAGCGGCCUUUAUCCAAAUCGUUACAAACGGACAAACAUACAAAAGCGCAGCGCUACCAACAUUCACGGGACACUAUCUAUUACGGAAGUGACCAAACAAAAUAAUGGCGCGAAAUACACAUGCAUUGUGACCAGUCCGUCCGGUGAAAUGGCUAGACGAGACUUCGAAGUUAAAGUUAUAGAAGCGCCAAUUCUAGAUGAUUUAUUAUUAGGUAAUAACUUACAAGAGGGCCAAGUGGCUAACAUAUACUGCAAUGUUAGAACCGGUGAUCUGCCGAUACAUUUCGAGUGGCUGAAAGAUGGGAAACGGAUACCGAGUAAUUUGAAGGUCGUAGAACGAAGUUCGGAAUUAUUCAGCGCUCUAGUGAUAAAGAGCGUUGCGCUGGAGCAUUGCGGCACCUACACUUGCGUGGCGACAAAUCACGUCGCCACUGUUAAUAAGUCCACUGAAUUGUAUAUUAAAGUGGCACCAAAAUGGCAAAUAGAGCCAACAAACUCGUCAGUAGUGCUCGGGCGGUCCGGCCUCGUGUCGUGCAGCGCGACCGGCUAUCCCGCCCCGCAGGUGCAUUGGAUGAAGAAAGAUGCAAUUCUGGGAACAUGGCAGCCAGUACUAGAAUUGGCUGGUGGUGGGAUACUGAGUCUGGCAAAUGGGACACUCGUUAUAGAUGAAGUGUCGCUAUCAGAUGAAGGGUUAUACUCUUGUAAUAUUGAGAAUGGCGUCGGAUCACCGCUGAGCAAAACGAUAUGGAUCACUGUAAAUAAGCCGGCGCAGGUGUCGGCGGCGGCGCGCAACGCGACGGGACGCGCGGGCGCGGCGCUGGCGCUGGCGUGCGCGGCGCGCGGCGACCCGCCGCUUCGCCUCGCCUGGGCGCGCCGCGCCGCCGCCCCGCACGCGCUGCACGACCUGCACGCCCCGCACAACCUGCACGCGCUCGGACAUCGAUUCAAAAUAUCGGAAACAAAAACGGAAUUCGGCGUAACGAGUACGGUCAACAUACACUUCGCUGAGACCCGCGACGCCGGCGUGUACCAGUGCACGGCCACCAACCCGUACGGCUCCGCCACCCAGAACGUCUACCUUAGUGUACUGGAGCCCCCGUCACCGCCAACAGAACUCCGAGUGGAAACAGUGCUAUCUCGCAGUGCAACAAUCUCCUGGCGAGCCAGCACUGCACUGUGCUCACUGCAGUACACAACAGCUCACGGGCCUGUGAGAUGGGAUGCUGCGCGUACUAUUAAUGUUACUUGCAAAGAGGAGCAGCGGCAAGCGUUCGAGCUGUUGGAGCUGGCGCCGGGCACGCCGCACGCGGCGCGGCUCGCGGCGCUCAACGCCGUCGCCGCCAGCGCGCCCUCCGACCCGCUCUACUUCACCACGCUCGAGGAAGCUCCAUCCUCCCCUCCUACCCAAGUGCUAGUCUCGCAAACGGAAGCGCCGGGCGAGCUGUUCGUGACGUGGGCACAACCAGACACACAAACACACAACGGACAUAUUGCGGGCUAUCACGUUAAGGCUGUACCGCAGAACGCUGGGCUAGACGAAUCGAAAACAAGAAUGGUGAAGGUAUCUCCGCAGACUGGCAAACAAGGGACAACUUUGAGUGGACUGUUGAAACAUACCAGAUACGCAGUAUCGGUAGCAGCUUUCAACAGCGCCGGUUCUGGACCAUUCUCUGCGCCUGUGACUCAGGAGACCAGAGCUGGAGCACCAGAAAGCGCUCCGUCCUCAGUGGAAUGUACCGCAGUAGCACCGAGCUCGCUGCGAGUGGGCUGGCAACCCAUACUGGGCCUCACUACUGAGAUACUGGGCUACUCUGUGCUGUUUGCUACUGAAGACAGCCCCUGGCAAAAUCAAACAUCCCUCCACACAGAGCUCUACCUCCAAAAUCUAAUGAAGUACACCAACUAUACCAUCAAGGUGGCUGCUUACUCCAGCUAUGGUCCUGGACCAUUUUCGUAUCCCAUCGUUUGCAGUACUUUGGAAGAUGUCCCAGGUCCGCCAGCAGACAUCAAAGUAUUAGUGCUAUCGUCCUCAUCGCUCCUGAUUAGUUGGAAACCCCCGGACCAACCCAAUGGAGAGAUACUCUAUUAUACUGUGUAUGUUAAACCUAUUGGAUUGAGCGGCGGCGUGACGCUGUCGCAGCGCGUGGGCGGCGCGCGCACGUGGGCCGAGGCGCGCGGGCUGCCGGCCGCGCCGCACGAGGCGUGGGUCGCGGCGCACACGCGCGCCGGCGCCGGCCCGCCCUCCAAGAGGCUCACGCAGACACCCUCGCAUAGAGUGGUAGCAGGUGUAUCAUCCCUGGGAGGACCGAUAUCAGUUGGAGCAGGCUCGUCCCUCCUGCUGCGGUGCGCGUGCGUGGGCUCGCCCGCCGCGCGCACCGUGUGGUACCACAACCACAACAUCAUCACCCACCACCCGCGCUUCACCAGGAACCACGACGACAGCCUGCUGAUUAAUAACAUUGACCAAUCACUCAGUGGUAACUACACUUGCUUAGCAAAGAAUUUGUACGGUUCAGACUCCGUAGAGUAUACAGUUACAGUGCUACCUCUACCAGAUCCUCCCAUAAUACGAGCUACACCUUAUAAGGAAUCAAUUUUGAUCGAAUGGGAACAACCACAUUACUCCAUGAAUCGGACUUCCAAUCAGAAAAUAAAAUACAGUCUAACAUGGAAAGAAGCGAACGGUCCAUGGCAAGACUCGUGGUCAUCCGACGCAUCGCCUAGCUUGGACCUGCUAGGUGACGCGUCACCAAGUCACCCCGGCGUCAAUAAAUAUUUGCUGACGGGUCUCAAAUGUGGCACCAAAUAUUCGAUACGGAUCAUAGCUUCUAGCAAAAUUGGAACUUCACAACCUGCCUACUUGGAAACUAGCACUUUGGGUGGAGCCCCCGUUCCCCCCGCGUCCCCCUCCAGCGUGUGGAGCAACCGCUCGCACAUCGCGGUGAGCGCGGCCGGCUGGCGCCGCGCCGGCUGCGCGCCCGCGCCGCUCGCGCUGCACUACCGCCCGCUCGGCUCCGCUCGCUGGCUGCCCGCACACGAGCUCGCGUUGGAGUCUGGCGGGUCUGGCGGGUCUGACGGGUCUGGCGGGUCCGGCGGGUGGGUGGUGGCGGGCGGGCUGGCGGCCGGCACGCGCUACGAGCUGCGCGUGUCGGCCGGCGGGCGCGCCGCCACCUACACCUACGCCACCAAGAACGAGGACGGCAGUGAAAUCAGUCCGCUAUCAGACAUGUUGGACCUGAACAUGCUGGUGAUAGUGCUGAGCUCGAUACUGCUCGUCGUGUGCCUCGUCAGCUUCGUCUAUAUACUGAUGAAGAGGCACAGAACAAACAACUUCACCGAGUACAGAGACUCCAUAACCAUAGACAAGUCGGAGAGCGGCAUCACCAGCGCGUCGCAGAACAACCUCGCCAAGGAAAACAGGAUCUACAGCACGCCCAUACCGGUGCGGAAUAACAGCAAACAUGAGCUAUACGAGAUAAGUCCGUACGCGCAGUUCGCGGUCGGUUUUCGCACGUUCGGGCACGUGGACAACCAGGAUGUUCCCAACGCGCACCGGAAACAUCGAUACGACUCUGAAACAAGCUUCCAAAUGUGCUCCGAAUCUGAGGACAGCGACACAAUAUCCAAGAACACUCUCAAAAGCAUUCAUAGGAGCAAAUGUCCGAAGGAAGUUUGCCGAACUCCACAUUACAGAUAGCCAGCAAACUCUUGUACAAUUGGACCACAAAUUGACGUCUGAAAUAAUGCCAAAGUGAAAUAGAUACUUUUUUAAUGAAUAAUUUGUUAAAAUUAGUUUAAAUGGAAUUGAAAUGAUCUCGUUUUAGUUAUAAGAAUGUAAAUAUUAGUAUAAUUUUACUGGAAUCAUUCAAAGAAAUUGUUAUAUUGUGUAACCUUAUACUGCCCAUAGUAUUUAUGUAUUUAUUAUAUUGACUGUGGUAUUAUAGUUUUCUUGAUCAAUAAAAACAAUCUUUAGUGAG